AUGUACCUGGGGAACAACUCAAAGGGAAAGCCACAUACGUUCCAGUACGUCAGCAUACUGAAAGUUCUCAAGAUGUAUCUGCAGCCUCCACAGGUUUCACACGUAAGUGUACAACAGGGCAGCGAAGGCCACCUCAAGAGCGUGUUUGAUGGCUCUGCCUUCAAAGGGCACAAAUAUUUUCAAGGCGAUACAAAGACGCUCUGUAUCCAGCUCUACUGCGACGAGUUUGAAGUCUGCGAUCCCUUGGGUGCCAAAAGAGGAAAGCACACGUUGAUCCCUUCUGCAACAUAUCCAGCUGUGGUUGCCCGGGACAAGCUUGCGGAACGCUAUUUACUGCACCGUAUUCUGGAGCCCCUUGUGAAUGAUAUCGCAGAGCCUGAAACAGAAGGCAUAGUCGUGAAUUCUAUACGGUACACUGGGUCAGCGCUGUGUCUCUCAGGCGACAACUUAUCCAGCCACCGUGUGGGGGCAUUUGCAACAAGCUUCAGCCACGGUCGCGUGUGCCGUUUCUGCAUGGCUCUGCACUAUGAACUGUCUGCCAAGCACAAGGAGCAGCAUUUUCACAUGCGGUCUCCUGAAAGCCAUGCGUACCACCUCGACAUGUUGGAAAGAGGGCUUCCUGCAUUGUCAUUAUAUGGAGUGAAAAGGCCCUGUACAUUACCACUUCACGGGUUUGACCCCACAGAGCACCUGCCGCCCGACGUGAUGCAUGAUGUUCACGAAGGCAUCUUGCCAUUCCUCCUGAAGCACGUCCUUUCCAAGCUUUUUUCUGCCAAAUAUUUCUCCUUGGAAACCUUGAAUGCUUCGAUUGAAAAAUUUCGAUACGACCCAUGUGAUCUGAAAAAUAAGCCCGAGAGCAUACAUCCGACUGUGCUGAUAGGCAAGGGCUCCCUGAAAGGGAGUGCCUCUCAGAAGUUCUGUUUGUUCAGGAACAUUGCUCUCUAUGUUGGAGAGUUCAUUCCGCAAGAGAAUAGGUUCUGGAGGCUCUACACUAUGUUCCGAGAAGUCGUUGACCUGAUCAUGUGCAGAGACUUGCCACUUGACUACGUUCCUUAUCUCCAUCGCCGCAUCGAGUUUUUCCGGCAAGAAUUCCAGAUACUGUUUCCAGAUACUCCAAGGAUAGUGUAUCCAGCAAGGGCUGCAGACAACCCCUACCGAGCAAGCACCGGAGGCUGUCCAACUGUAUCUAGCAAGCCACGUACGGCAUUGAGCAACGUCUGGUUGUUUCCAUGA